GCGGUGCCGCCGCCAAAAUGGCACCGCCGCGCUUCCCCAGCCGGGUCACGGUGCCUCCGCGCAUGCGCCGCGCCCCCGCGGCCGCCCCGCCCCGGCAGGUGUGUGGGGGCGAGCCCCCCCUGCCCGGUUCGGCCCGGGGAGGCACCGCCCGGCGCCGGGGGUGGGCGGGGAAAGGCGAGGGGUACUGCCAGGGCCCGCCGGGGCUCGCCCGGCAGAGCUCAUGGCCCCCGGCGCCCCGGGCACAGGCGGGGCGGGGCGGGGCGGUGCCGUCCCGUCCCACCCCCGCCCGGCGGGCGGAGCCGGGCCCGGCCGACAAGAUGGCGGCGGCGCUGAGGGCGGGCAGGGUAUGGGGGCUGGUGACGGCGGCGCCCGGCCUCGCUUUUACUCGUUCCGCGUUUGUUGCGAGAAAACGUAAUUAUGCCCAACCAAACUGGCUGGGAGUCGGCUUGGCGUUUGGCACCUCUGCUGCCUUGUGGGCUUUUCUUAUCAACCAGCAUAAUGAAGAUGUAAUGGAAUAUGAGAGAAGACAAAAAGAGGGACACCACAAGUGUACAGAAUGCUCAUAGUUGAUGAUGUGCUCAGUAAGAAGUAACGUGAUCACCGGUUGUCCUACAAAUAAGUGAGCACAGCAGGAGUACAGUUCUGUAAUUGCUCGUAUGUUCAUACAUUUCAUGUGCAUAGAUAUGAAAUAAAUUAUAAAGCCUAGAAGAAACUU